GCCUACUUCUACCUGCUCUCUCUCACCUCCUCUUAUGCUCCGUCUCCCUCUACCCUACUUCUGCUAACUCUCAACUCUUAACCUUACCCUCACCUCAUCACCUAGUAUUUAAUCGUCCUUUCGCCCGCCCCAGAGAGAGAUCGGACCUUGUAAUCAUUUCUAAUCCUUUCUCAACGCACACAUUCCAGACCUUUCCCCGUAUCCAUCCAGACCCAUAUCCAUCACCUCCGACCUCCCAGUGUGCAUCCUCACACCAUUCCGCACGACUUGACGCUUUUUUUCCUUUUGAUUCCUUUUUUUCUAAUAAUAAUAAUUCAAAACAGAGUAGCAUUCGUUACUUUGCCUGCAUAUGACAUUCUCACUAUCUCCACGGCUUUAAUCCACUUCUUCACCCCACUGCCACUGCCACUACCACCACCACUACCACCACCACCACUACCACCACCACCACAUCCACUUCAAACUCCAGGCGUCUAGAUCGUCUAGCCUCUCUCAACUCGACUCGACUUGUUCUAUCCGCCUACUCACUCUCCUCUGCUCUGCAAACUACAAAACAUUUGUGUACCACCCAAAUUCGCUGUAACAACACCUCGCCACCUCGCAUCUCUUAUUAUUAUUAUUUUUAUUUCCAACAAAAAGAAGCACCGAUUUCUUUCUUGUGGUUGAUUGUCUCUUUCGCCCUUAUUUAUCCCAUCCAUCGACCCAUUCAACAAGGUUCGGUUCGCUUACCGAUCCACGACCCCCUCAUCCCAGUAUCCGCAAUCGACCUCGAAAUCGAUCUGAUAUUCGACCUCACAACCGAUCUGGGAUUCUGAGUCAAGUCAGCAUUAAAAUCGAACAUUUCCUAAGAGGAAAGACCAGCCGAGUUUUCCAUCAAUCGGAACUUCGUCCAUACAUAGCAUAUAUUCUCCUCGUCACCUAUAUUUCACACGGGUACCAUCCCGAUUACUCUCACGCAGUUUGACACGAGGAAGCACCAAAUAUUCUUGAUAUCCGAUUUUGGUAUUUUGUAAAAACAACAUCAACCCCCAGCGAUUAUUAGCAAACAUGGUCAAAGAAAAGAAGAUGAGUGCCGGAAAGGUCGAGAAACCCUAUUCUAAUAAAACCCCCAAAACCAAUCUGGAGAAGAUGUCUCACAAAGAGCGUGCAUUUAUUGCUGCCGCCAAUAGAAAUGAUCGUCCCGAUGUCAAGGGUCGAAUGAAGUCCGCUAGAGAGGCGUCAAAUCUGCACCGCGAGAGAACCGGUCGAGGACUUAAACUUUCAGAGGACAUUGUCAUGUCUGGAAAUCUGGGUGAGGAGGAGGAAAGCCCAAUGCGAGUCCUUCAGAGACGUCAUUGGAAUCCCAUGUAUAACCCAGUUCCAAUCCCCAUCACCCAAACUGAGCUCAUGCAACAUUUGCACGACAACCCGGCAAUCGCAAACAACAUUUUGGCUUUGAUUGAAGGCGCUCAAGGCCUUCGUCCCAAGGAGCAGGUCGACCCGGUCGAGCCUCAAAUGGCGAUGGAGAUGUCAUUAUUUGUACAAAGCGUUCAUCAAUUAUCAUCGCAAAAUGCUAAUCUGCCCGGGAGAAUGCCUCAAGAUAUACCAACACCCCCAGGAACAUUAAGUCGCAAAACCAGUUAUGGCCCAAAUAUGCCAACGCCACCACAGGAUCAAAGCAUGUCAUCGCCAUCGGGGGACCCAAUUAUGGCAUCGUCACCAAUGUUAAACAAUGAGCCAAACAUGGCUGCUCCUCCAAUGGAACAACACCCCAAGAGGCGACACACAAGCUUUGGACAAGAUGGAACAUUGUACGAAAUGCCAGGCUACAAUCGCAAUACCGGACCUCAAUUCAUGGGCCGAAGUUCCAGCACUCCCGGAACCCUAACACCCUGUGCGCCUUUUGAACACGACUCGAUGAUUCAGAACGCAAGACCCCAAAGUCAGAUGAAUCCAAUGCAUCAAAAUCAUAUGCUUCGAAGCCCAGAGCCCCAACAUCACAUGAACCAAGUUCAUCAGAGUCCCAUAGGCUGGUUUGAGAAAAGUCAAGCGCCUUCUCAAGUAAAUCAAAUGUCUUCUCAGCAGACGAAUCAAAUGCCCACGCAGUGGAAUCAGGAAAGAUCAUUACUCGACAUGUCUUAUACGUCUCAUUUCCUUCCCAGUCAAACAUCAACAAAUGCGGUUGAAAAUCACCACUAUAACCAAUUUGCGCAACCGAGCACAGAUGACAAGUUUUUCGCCGACAUGAUCGAUUUCAACGGUGGUGGACGUUGAAAAAAACUGUAUAUCGACUUGAGGAUUGGGGGUGUAUGUGAGAUGAUGUAAUUAUAUAAUGAUUGGAAGGUGUUUUGUCGAUAUUUGAAUUUGGAAGGCGAGAGGCAUGGUAUGGCGAUAUUGCCUGGUUGGUUUUUUUUUUUUUGAGGGGGGUUUUUUUUGGGGACAUGAAUACGAUUAUGGCGAAAAAUGGGAUUAACGGAUUAACGGGUUAAACGGAUGGUUCACCUAAAGAGCGAGGUGUUCAAAAUUAUCAUACACGCAUAUACCCAUGAUACACGGAGUUGGGGAUUAUUUCUUAUUGGGGGUCAGUCAGAAUAGACUGAGUGGGAAGAAGGGGAGAAGAGGAGAAGAGGGAGGUAAUCAAAAUGGUCCGGUUGGUUGGUCGGUUCAUGAAUGUGAAGGUGACGACGACGACGACUAUGAUUACUGAGUUCUUCUGGUUUAUACCUUUUAUCUUUAUCUCUUAUUUUAUUAUUAUUAUUGCAGUACACAGACACAACUCUUCUUUUUAAUAUUGUAAUAUUAUGUUAAAUUUUACGUUGAGAUGAUUUUGAUUUUGAUUUUGAUUUUGAUUUUGAUUUUGAUUUUGAUUUUGAUUUUGAUUUUGAUUUUGAUUCUCAUUGAGCUGGGUUUAGACAUAGCGUAACUUUCUUUCAUAUCAUGUACCAUGAACUAUAUAAACUAUGUGUUCUAAUAUUCAAAUUUGAAAAAAAAAAAAAAAAAAAAGUCAACACAUGGGAUGGAUAUUUCAUGCAUUUUCACAUCUUGACGGAAAUCGUAGGGAGUUGAUAAGUUAUUAGUGGUUGUAGUUGUAGUUAUAAUCGAUAGUUAUUGUGAUGUGAUGUGUUUAUUAUUGUAGUGUUUUAUCUUAUAUUAUACAAGCUUUUUCUCAACCCUUCGUAGCUAAAAAUAACAACAGCCUCGCUAGCACUCUCCGUAGUUAUUUUUAACACCACUCAGAACCUACACCUACACUCGUACUACACAGCUUUUAGAAUCCUAGGGAUAAAUAAGAUUUAUAUUCCUAUAUUCCA